UGGAGUUGGUUGGUAGAACUGCCUUAAAGAAGUCCGUUUGAAUAGUGAUGUCCACGGUGAGGCGGCGGUGGUACGCGUUAACGAUAUUUUUCAUCCUUUAACUGUGCGACAAGAACGACAAGAGGAAUUUGAAGUAUUGUGGAAUCAUGUUCCACGAUAAGAAGAGCGUUGAUCGCCACGUGCAGGAGAUUUUACGUAAGCUGAAGACGGAAAAUGAGAGGAACUUGAGAUGUUACAAUAUUGCUAAACUUUAUUACCAAGUUGGUGAUUACGAAUCCGCCAGGAGAUACGUGUCAUGUUACCUAGAAGUGCGAGAAGAUUCAGCUAGCGCACAUAAAUUAUUAGGUCAAACCCUCGAGGCUCUUGGUCAGAAGGAAGCUGCGUUAGCAGAAUAUAAAUGCUCCCUUGAAAUUGAUGGCAAACAAGACGAUUUAGUCUUGAAAGUUUGCGAGAUUCUGGCAGAUACAGAUGUAGGGAUGGAUGUGAGCAGAGCCAGAUAUUGGCUGGAAAGAGCAGACAAACAGUUCCCACAUCAUUCUGUUGUAUUUCAGCUGAAAGAAAAAUUACUAACUGUAGAUAGACCAAAUGAUAACACCGAAGAUCUUGAAGCACUUAUAGCAUCUGAAUUGUCAGCCAGACCAAAAGAUGUAUCAUUGCGUGUCAAAUUAUUGCACCAUUACAUGGUGAAAAACAGGCUUGAGAAUGGAUACAAACAUGCAAUGGGUGUGGAAUCAACCUUUACCUUUAGGGAUAAUAUCACAUGGUAUCAAACAAUUUGUGAAUUACUUGGAAAAUGCAAAGACAGCAAGUCGUCUGAUUGGACUUUCUGGGUGCUAUAUAUUUCAGCUCUUGAAAGGUUCGCUGCUCUGUCUCUUAAAGAACAGGGCGAUGGACCAAAGAAAUCAAUCCCCGAAGCUGCACAAGCAGUAUUGAAUUUCGACCAGAACUUGACAGAAGCAGAGCAUCAUAAGAAACUGUCAAACGAUCCAACUUUUGCUGAACAUAUGUUUGGGCACAUGUGGGGUCAAUUACACUUACAUUUAGCAUGUUUGAUGCUCCGAAAAACUAAGCGUGAGCAUCAGAGUUGGAGUGAAGCAGGCCGGUUGUGCUCUCCGCUUCUAUUAUGUGCUCUACAUACCAAUCCACCUGACCCUACUGCACUUUGGGCCACAAAACUGAAAGAUCAGCGCAGAGCUCAAGUUAACCUAUGGUAUCGAGAAGGAUCUUACAGAUGCAGUCAAGCUGGACACAUACUUCAAGACUAUGCAAGAAAUGAUACAAAAAGAUUUUUAGACAAAAUUGACAAAUUUUGUACUGGUGCUUGGAGGGAACGAGUUUAUCAGAGAAUAUUUGUAAGUCGUGUGCAACAGCAAUUGAUGAAGAGCUCCUACUUUGCCAAUCAUUCUACUCCAAAUCCUCCACUUAGGCUUUGCACAUAUAACGAGCUGAAACAUCAUGACGAAGUCUCAGAAGAAGUUUGGCCAAGCUCUUUGCACCAUCAAGUUUGGUUGGGCAUCAAACAUCGGCUACAUCAUAAUAAUCACAACAACUUUAUUGGCCCUCACCCUCAUCAAUAUUGUCACAUAUUUCCCGAAUUACAGUUUUCUGUCUACAAUCUGAACCAUGCAGGAGCUGACAGUUUGAGUCGGCUAGAUAUCGAUGCAUUUUUGAAUGCUGCAGUUUUGUGCGCCUCUGUCAUUGUGGAGGAUCAACAACGGAGUGGGUUCUGGAGUCCCGACAGGCUGCCAACUCUACCAGCUGACAUCACCAACUCACUUUGUAGCAGUACUCAAGAGAAGUGGUGGACAGCAGCAUAUAAGAUGUAUCGAGACCAGGAAGGAGUUGGAAGUGAGAUUGGGGAAAUAAGACAAAUAUUACAACAUGGUCUUGAGGUAGUUCGUUGCAUAGACAAUCAUGGAUUACAUCCAUGUCUCUUGGUCCAUUUGGCGCGUAUCUUCCAUCACAGAGUUAAAGUGAUGAAAGAAAAGAAUGAAGAACACAGUGAUAUCCCAGCACUGGAGGCUCGCUGUGAACUUUAUUGGUCUGCAGCUGUUCCUCUGUUAGAGAGACUUCAAAAUAAUCAGGCUAUACGUACUACAGCUACGAAAUUGUUUGAUUAUCAGGGGAAGGACAUGAACAACGUGGAAUUAACAAACGCUUUGGAAGAAGGUAGAUUGUUAUUAGCUCAGAAAUAUCAACGAAAUAAACAAUAUGAGCAAGCAAUUGAAGCGUUAAGAGCAUUAAAAUGCCCUGAGGCCUCUUUCCAGCAAGCUCAGAUCUAUAAAACACUUGCUGAUGAGCUCGUUAGUUCAUUACCUAGGGAAAGCUUAACAUCAGAAAUGCGUUCACAGCAUAUUAUCAUGUUGUCAAAAGCUCGAGAUUGCUUUUAUUUAACUCUAGAUCGUUUACGCAGUCCAGGUACCAAUCCGAAACACCCACUAGAUUCAGAGCUUUGCCAACAUAUUUCUGGAAUUGAAAAUGAACUGAAACGCAUUGAUCCUGAUUUGUGGCGUAAUGAUCUCAACAGGAAUGAGUGCGAUGAAUUGUCUGAUGAGAGCUACUCAUCUGCGCAUAGUGGGGAUCACGCUGUUAUAAAUACUUCUUACGGUCCAAGCAGUAAUGUUCACAAAUCUAAUACACCCCAGAGGGCUACGCACCGGACACCAAAUCAGUCUAGCACACCUUGCAAGCCCCAACACCAAGACAUCUUGGAAUUGUCACGCAAUCGAACUGAAGCAAGACCGAGUCCCGAGCGCUUAGAUGCUCAAAUUCGUCAAUUGAUACACUCUAGGGACAAUGGUAUACAAACGAUAAUGGAUCAAAUGAAAGCUCUUUCAGAGACAGAUAAAGUAGUGCUAGAACAACUGAAGGAAUUGAAAAAAGAUAUAGCGGAACAACUGAAAGAAUUAAAGAAAGAAGUAGCGGACUUACGAAAAGAGACUCAAAAGCAACGUUCAGUCAAUAAUCCAAGCCUUGCAUCUCUAAUCCCAAAUCCCGAAGAAGAUUUGUGUGUAUUAGGUGAGGAAGACUAUGGAGACUUGAGUUAUGGUCCGGCUGUAGCCCCCCAACCACCAGGACCAGCUCCAGCAUUUGCUGCAAAUAUGUUUUCACCUACACCAAGGCAUCCAGCUUAUUCUACGCUCGUGUAUCCUCCUGCAGCACUGCAAGGAUAUUAUCAAGGCACAUUACCAUUCAGUGAUCCUCCUGCACAUAUUCCAACGUUGUAUCCACCCAGCGUGUACCCAAUGCCUGCUUUGUAUCCUCGGCCUCCAGUUGAUCAGAAAAUUGGUGCAAUGCCGAAAAUACUGGAUAAUAUAAUUCAGCAAGGAAUUUUCACUCCUAGAUUGCCGAGUCAGGUGCCUGAUUCAAUUUCUGUACCUGAUCAAUCGCUACCAAUUCAAGGACAGAGGCUGGAUACUGCAAAGAAUGAUAACACUAUCGUCAAUGAUAUUGCUCCUACCAAGGCUCCACCAGUUAACGUUGUGAUAACUACUUCAGAUACUUUACCGACAACAGUACCAACCGUUCAACCAAUGUUGAGUGUUACUGUUCCUGCUCACCACAGACUAGGUGGUGGCCCGCCAGCAUCGAAUCUACCACAUAAUUAUCAGAUAUCCAUGCCUUUGCAAGCAACCAUUCCAACUACUGUAAACUUACCACCAUUAUCUACUACCUUGACAACAACCAUUCCAACAAAUUUGGCCGUUACCGAAAAGUCCAGCGGAAAUGCAAGCAUCUUGUCAACUAGUGUAACUAACAGUUCGAACGAGUCGUAUUCACAAACUGGGCAUGAAUCAAUUCGUGACUUCGCUCCGAUUGUGUCGUUACCUGCUGAUAUUGAAAUAACUACUACAGCAUCCAGCAGUACCAAUGUAGCACAAAGAACUUCCGAUUCAAAACCUACUGGAUUCACAUUCAUCAAAACUAUGCAGACUGAUCUAACUCCUGCAUUUUCAUUUGGGAAACCAACCUUGCCAGCCGUCGCUGCUGUAAAUGUGCCUAAUGUGAUCAGUAUUCCCAAUCAACCUCUGGCGUUAACUAUUCCAUCUCUAAAGAAAUCAAAUGAUACAGAAACUCCAAUAACUGGUAGUACGUCACCAAUUACAUUAUUCCCCCCCCGGACGCCACUCAGGCGCCCACAUGCUCCUGCACCAGCUACUUUGGUAGCAGCAGUCACUACUGGUAAAUCACCUGAGAAAUCUCAUCAAAGUUUUGACCAGAAUGUAAUCAAAGACCCAGAAGAUAAAGUAGACGAAUUUGUCCCAACUGCUGAAUUUUCUCCUGUCAUUGCUCUACCAGAUAUUGUGGAGGUAGUUACUGGUGAAGAAGGGGAAACUGUUCUAUUUCAAGAACGUGCAAAAUUGUUACGGUUUGACAGCGACUCCAAACAAUGGAAGGAAAGAGGAAUUGGUCAAAUGAAGAUUCUACUCGACCCGGCUACAGGAAAAGUUCGCUUGUUAAUGCGUAGGGAACAGGUUCUUAAAGUCUGUUGUAAUCAUUUGCUUCUGACUGAAAUAAAGUUUUCAUUUAUGACUGGAAACAAUAAGGCUGUUAAUUGGUGUGCUCAAGAUUAUAGCGAAGGAGAAGUUGUUCCAGUAAUGUUUGCAAUUCGUUUCAAAACAGCUGAUCAGGCAUCAGAAUUCUACAAUGUGUUGACUAAUCAACAAAAGAAAAUGGUUAAUGAUCGUAUUCCUACAGAGGUAGUGCCACAAAAAACGACAGAUAAAAAUGUGAAAGAACAACCAAAAGAGGUCAAAGCUGAGAGUAAAGAAAAUAAGUCAUUGGCAGAAAUGUUUAAACCUGCGGUUGGUUCUUGGGAAUGUGGAGCAUGUUACACUAGAAAUGAUGCAACGAAAAGUAAAUGUUUGGCAUGCGAAUCACCUGCUCCAAAUGCCAUUAAAACGAAUGUUAUAAAAUCACCUGCGACUGCUGAACAACCCAUCCCAGGCACUGCAUCAUUAGAUGUCAAGUCCGCAGCGACUGGUCCAAGUACUAUUUCAUCUGACAAAGUGCCGCUUUCACAGCUUUUCAAGCCUAGCACUGGGUCCUGGGAUUGCAAGGACUGUUACGUUGUUAAUAGUGCAACGAACAAUUAUUGUGUUGCUUGUGAUUCACCCAAGGAUCCAUCCAUGCCACCUAAACCGAAAACUAGUGGUUUCAAUAUCACAAGCUCCUCUGCAUCGGCACCAUCGUUUUCAUUUGGUAUUUCACAAACUGCGCCAAAAGAUCCUGCUCUUAGUUUUACCUUUGGUGUACAUAAAUCUGAUGCUAAAGCUGCUGGUGAUGCGGCAAAGACCCCUACCGGGUUUUCGUUUGGAACUCAGAAUCUGAAUAGCAGUGCUACUUUUACUUUUGGGACUUCUCAAAAUUUGGGAGUAGCACAAAAUCACGAAAAACCGUUCCAAUUUGGAUCACCAGGAAAGUUAUUUGAUUUCCAGUUUCAACCUAAAUCUCCUGUGAAGUCACCAGGUGGCGAUGAAACGAGCGAAGAAGAAGUUGUUGAGAGUGAGGACGUGUAUUUCCCUCCAGUUAUUCCACUACCUGAUAAAGUUGAAGUGAAAACUGGUGAAGAAAAUGAGGCUGUACUGUACAGUCACAGAGCUAAACUAUUUAGAUACGAGUCUGCUACCAAGGAGUGGAAAGAGCGUGGACUGGGUGACAUAAAACUUCUGAAGCACAGAGAGACCGGAAAACUCCGCUUAUUAAUGAGAAGAGAUCAAGUACUGAAGUUAUGCUUAAACCAUGUCAUUACUCCAGACAUGGAAUUCACUUCUAAAGAUGACAAAACCUGGUUAUGGUAUGCUGCUGAUUACAGUGAGGGUGAUAUUUCUCAUGAAAAUUUCGCGUGCCGAUUCAAGACUGCUGAAAUAGCACAAGAGUUUAAGACUGCUAUCGAUAAUGCCAAAGGAUUUGUUAAGACGCCUGCUGACAAAUCUGCACCAAAGACAAUUACAAAAUCACCAGAAACCAUUAAAAAGAAUUUGUUUGGUUGUUCCGGUUCUUCCGGUUCUUCGUCAGAUGUUGAAAUUGUUUAUGAAAAAACAGUUACAGAGGAAGAAAAAGCUGCAGCAUUGAAACUCAAGUUGCCAGAAAACUUUUAUGCUUACAAAAACAUGCCUGACUGUCCUGGGUGCAUAGGUUGCAGAGAUCCAGACCCAUCUAAAAUUGGUGAAAAUACCGAGAUAUCAAAGCCAGUUAUCAGUCCACCCAAAUUUGAGGUUGAAAAAUGGCCUGUUGGUACCGGUGUAAUGCCUUCUAAAUCUACUUUGUUUGUUACUCCUAAUUCCACCACAGCGUCACCUCAUGUCGCAACAUCAGCGACUAGUCUUCCUGGUCUCGAAGAAUUAAAGACAACAUCUUCAAACUUGACAAGUAGCAGUACACCGACAUCAACUAACUCUGCAAGCACACUUCCUUUGUUUGGCAAGCAAGUAGGGAACGUGUUCAGAGGUAUUAGCUCCACUACAAGUUUACCAAGCGUGACACCACCCGCACUUGGAAAUGUUUUUUCGCCCAAAGUUACUUUAUCUUUUGAAACACCUGCAACAAGUAAUCCGAUUUUUGGAGAAGGUACAUCAAUGGCGACAACAACGUCUCAGGCUUCCGAACUAUGUGGUUUUACAUUUCGUCCCCCACCUAAUCAAACAAAUCCUAUUGUUACCUCCACUGUGCAAAUCUUGGGGUCUGGUACAGGUAGUGCUAAUGUUUUUUCUUUCGGUGAUUCAUCUGAAAAGACAGCAGGAUCUGGCACUGAUGCAAAACCCUUCGAUAACUUGAAAAUUUGUAGCCCUGCCAGCUUUGUAACACCAACAACGUUACCAACAUCUAAUAUCUUUUCUGGCUCAGGAAAUCGAGGGUUUGGCAAUAAUAUUACUCCUACACCAUCUAUAUUUGAUGGGACUAAGUCAGCAACACCAGGUUUUGGUACCACUACUGUAUUCGGCAAUACUCAAAAUCUUGCAAACAACUCAUUUAUCAAUUUUGGUACCGGUGCUCCGAAAUCUAUUACUGUAGCAACAGGUACAACAUCAUCUUCCGAAACAGAUAAAACUCAGAUACUCAAAGGACUGUCUAACGAGUCGACAACAAAUUUAAAAACAUUUUCUUUUCUACCAACUGAUAAUGCUGCAAGUUUUUCAACACUUGCUGCCAACGCACCACAACAACCAGCCUUUCAAAAAGAUCCGAACUUUUCAUUUGAUGGAGCGGGCACCUCAGUAUUUGGCAAUAAAAAACCAGUGAACACUAAUGCACUUCAAUCUCAUCCUCCAAAGGAAGAUACAACAGGAAAGAGUAAAGAUGAUGACGAAGAGGUGGAGGAAAAUGAUAAUGGUGAAGAACAUGAUCCACACUUUGAGCCAAUAGUACCUCUACCAGAUGCCAUUGAAGUGCGCACUGGAGAAGAGGAUGAAGAAAAAGAAUUUUGCCAACGAGCUAAACUCUACAGAUAUGUUAAUGCUACCAAAGAAUGGAAAGAAAGAGGUGUCGGUGAAAUGAAACUGUUGCAUCAUGUUGAACAUGGGACUUACCGUCUUCUGUUGCGUAGAGAACAAGUUCACAAGGUAGUCUGUAACUUGUUAUUGACAGCAGAUCAAGAAUUUCGCACACUUAACAGCUCUGAUAGAGCUUGGUGCUGGGCUGGGAUGAAUUAUGCAGAGGAUGAACCUGCGCUUGAGGAACUGGCAGUUAAAUUUAAAAAUUCGCACCUCGCAGCUGAGUUCAAGGAGGCCAUUGAUAAGGCGCAGCUUGAAUUGCGAAACAAACAAAACAUCAGCCAAGAAAAUAAGUACCAAGAGUCAGUAGAACCACCAGAAGAUGAAAAUGAAGACGAAGAUGAAAAUGAAGAUGAAAAUGAAGACGAAGAUGAAAAUGAAGAUGAAGAUGAAGACGAAGAAGACGACGAAGCGUCAUAUUCAAUAAUGUUUGAAAAAAGAGCGACGUUAUUAGCACAAAAAAAUGAGGAUUCAGCAUGGCAAAAUGUUGCCAUGGGUGAUUUGAAAGUUCUUUUUGAUUCUGAUAUUUUUGGUGCCAGGAUUGUUCUUGAAGCUGAUACCACAGGAGAGAUAGUCAGUAAUACAGUAAUCAGUAUUCAAACUGAAAUGCAGGUAAACGAAAAGGAAUGCACAUGGUCGGCAAUAGAUUAUGCUUUAGAAACACCUGUGAAACGGAAUUUGAAAGCAAUCUUUUCAUCAUUACCUGUUGCCCGAGAAAUGUUUACAGUCUUUGAAGAGGGGCAAGGUUUUGCCAGAGAGUCUGAAAUCCUAGAACCGGAGUACUACAUCCCUGAGGAUGAAUAAAAAGUUUUAACAUUAGAAUUUUGGGCAUUUUCUAGUAAUGCUAUAGUCAAUCAUGAACUGAAAACACUUCCUCAAUUUACAUUGAGUUUUUGAAGUUUGUAGAUUUAUUUUAUGAUAAAAUUAUUUCUUACAUUGUUUGAGUAAUACAUUGAUAAAUGAUUUAAGGUUGUAUGAACUCUUUGUGCAUGGAAAUUGUUUUAAAAAUCAACACAUAGCUGGUUAUUAAAUCUGAAACUUAUUUCUAAUAAACGACUAAAUAUUAUAGUCUCACCGUCAAGAUCAGCCUGCCUCAAUGUUUUCAUAUCUGAAGAAACAGCGUAUAAUCACACAUUUCUUUAUUGGAAACGAAAAUUCUUCACAAAUGUAAAUAUAUAAAUUCAAAACUGA